AUGGUGUCUCCCUUUGUGCUGCUGCGGGUUACCUCUCUUUUUCUGUAUCAGCAGCAGCAGCAGCACCAGCAGCAGCAGCAGCAGCAGCAGCAGCAGCAACAGGUGCAGCAGCAGCAGCAAACAGAUGCCGCAAGACACUCCCCAUUGAAGAUGCAGCAGCAGGAGAAGCACCUACGGCAGCAGCAACAGCAGCAGCAGCAACAACAGCAGAAGCAGCAGCAGCAGCAGCAGCAGCAGCAGAGAGAGCAGCAGAAGCAGCAGCAACACCAGCAGCAAAACAUAUAG